ACAGUCUGGCUACUGAGCGGAGAAGAACAAUUCACGAAGAAGGUUUCACCCAAAUUUGCACCACCCAAGUGUUAAAGUCGAAAUCCAUCAUGGCGGCAGGCCCGAACCUCCAGCCUCAGACCGUCAACGGUCUCCUGACCCUUGACCUGAGUAACCAGGGUCUGACGUCCAUCCCGGAGGAGGUGUUUGAUAUCACUGACCUGGAGAUUCUAGAUGUGUCCAAAAACAAACUAACCAGCAUCCCGGAAGCAAUCGGCCGUCUGCAGAAACUUUCCCGUUUGGAUGCUUAUAGCAACAUGCUGACACGUUUGCCACAGGCGAUCGGUUCCUUGCAAAACUUGCAGCACUUAUAUGUUUAUCGCAAUAAUCUAAGUGAGUUGCCUGACGGGUUGGAAGCUUUACAAAAGCUGGAAUUGAUCAAUGUUAGGGAUAAUAAUUUAACAAAGCUUCCUUCAAAAAUUUUUUCUUGUCUUAACCUUGUAACUUUUGAGGCCAGGAACAACAAGCUUUCCUCUUUACCUCCUGGCGUGGAAAAGCUGCGGAAAUUGACAUUUCUCUGCAUUGAUGAUAAUCAGCUGACAGAAGUCGCACAUGGGGUCUGUUCGCUUUUAAACCUUGAGGUGUUAGGUGUCAGUAAUAAUAAACUCUCCACCUUCCCUCCUGGUGUGGAAAAGCUGCAGAAACUGAGAAAACUGUACAUUAAUGGCAAUCAGCUGACGGAGGUUCCCUCAGGCGUGUGCUCGGUUCCUAACCUUGAGGUGUUAAGUGUCAGUAAUAACAAGCUUUCCACCUUCCCUCCUGGUGUGGAAAAGCUGCAGAAACUGAGAGAACUGUACAUUAAUGGCAAUCAGCUGACGGAGGUACCCUCAGGCGUGUGCUCGCUCCCUAACCUUGAGGUGUUAAAUGUCGCUGUCGAUACGAACCCCAUAAGACGUCUCCCCGAUGACGUCACACGACUCACCAGGCUGAAGACUCUCGGUGUCCCCAACUGCCAGUUUGAUGAGUUCCCCAGACAGGUGCUGCAGCUGAAGACACUGGAGAAACUGUAUGCUGGUGGCUGUAAGUUUGACAUGGUCCCAGAUGAAGUGGGAAACUUACAACACCUGAGGUUCCUGGCAUUGGAAGUCAACCUCCUCAGAACCCUGCCGAGCACCAUGAGUCACUUGCACAACCUACGGGAGAUGAACGUCCGAAACAACAAGUUCGACACGUUCCCAGAAGUUCUGUGUGAACUACCUGCCAUGGAGAAACUGGACAUAAGGAACAACAACAUCACCAGGCUCCCAACCGCCCUUCACCGAGCAGACAAGCUGAUGGACUUGGAUGUAUCAGGAAACCCCCUGACAUACCCUCCACAGGAUGUGUGUAAACAAGGGACCGGCGCCAUCAUGGCCUUCCUGAAACAGGAGGCUGAGAAAGAAACGAAAGAUGUCAAGAGGAGAUUGGACCGCCUGAAAGUGGCUGAACGACCAAAGAAACAGCAUGAGGUCAAGAAAACACAUCACAAUGCGGUUUUCCUGUCGUACCAGUGGGACCACCAGGACAAAGUGCUGCUGCUGCACGAUCGCCUGCAGGAGCGAGGCUACAGCUGCUGGAUGGACAUCAAGCAGAUGGGGGGAGGGGACAGUCUGUACGAGAUGAUGGACAAGGGCAUCAGGGGGGCAAAGGUACGGAUACAUGCCAGGGUUAAUGUCCACAGAGAACUGAGAUUGUUUGUGCGUGUGAGUGAUACAUGUGACUGA